UCAGCUUUUGGUUGUACACAUAAUACUCUGUUGGCAUUAUUUUGAAACCAAACACGCACGUGCAAAGGGCUUAAUAUUGCUUUAUUAACCUUUGUGGGAGAGAUAUUGUGAAACGGCAAAAUCAUUGCAUGGAAAGGAACUAAAUGCUUGUAAUCUCAUAAGCUGAGACCGGAAUACGCCAAUGUACUCAUGUCAAGGGAUAUUAAGGUGGACGGAGGUGAUAUCCGUGCCAUAAGGUGGAAAGUUGUGGGGGAACAUGACUGGUAUGAAAAUCAGACAAAUGUAGAGGGCUAGAUAUUACUUUCUUGGCUUUAUCAGAUGGAUUGCAUGUAUCAUCCGUGUAAUUGAUGUACCUUCGUUUAUGAUGAUGUAACCGCCUUGAAACGAGAAGAGAUUUCACCAACAGGAGGAUAAAAGUACCUCAGAAAUAGAUGUUUGUUGAAGCGAUAGCCAGGCAGUCCAACAGACAUACCCACCACGAUUGUACACACGUUUUACAAACAGAUGUCGGAAAACCAGGCAUGCUAUCAAGUAGUUUUAAGGAACGACCAAAUUCGCAGGCCCAGAUCCAAUGCUUGGAAAUACACUGAAGGCUUCUGAAGUGUACUGAUAUUACUUGGAAAACCUAUGCCGUGUGACAAUUUGAUGCACUCCGCGCGAUCUGAAAUCAUAACUCAAUUAAAGAAUAUUAGGCAUUGAGAACCGUGGAUUAAUAUUCAGGCAACCAAAAACUAUGCAAGUCGACUCGAUUCUCUGUUACACUUGGAAUGUUACUGGAUGAUAAGUUUUACAGCCAGAACACUACCUAGCUGGGUUUGAUUUUUUGCAAGAUAGCAGAGGUGGUAUUUAAACUGCAUUAUUUCUUAACUCUGACAAUUAGCACCAUUGAAGAGGAUGACAUAUUAUCGAGACAAAGGAUUGGAUUAGUUGGGUGAAUAACGAAACAACUCAAACAAAACUAUUCGAUAAAAGUGGGCGAGUGACUAUUCAACAUUAACAAAACUAUUGGAUAAAAGUUAUAGAAUAACUAUCGAACUCAACACUAUUGGAUAAAAAAGGGUGAGCAACUAUCCAACUCAAAACUAUUGGAUAAAAGUAUAUGACUGACCAUUGAAACACACUCGAUUACAGUGCAUAAUACACCAUCAAACACCAGACUCUGUGAUACAAUGACGAGUGCUUUACAAAGCAUGGAUAAAUAAGCAGUAGUCACUGCAACCAGCAGCAGGUGUUGUUACUGUCAGCUUCCGAAAAACAGUAGUUAGAAAAUGCCAGAACACGCCGGUCACAAUGUUACAUUCUACAAUUCGACAGUGCAUGAAAACGUGGAUAAGAGCGAAGCAUUUUAUCUCUUCAUUAUGGCCACCUCCGGUAUGUUUUUCAACGCCUUGAUCAUCCUCAUGGUUUUCGCUCGCAAGAGCUUACGCAAAAUGACAAGUGCAUUUAUCAUUCACGGGAGUAUUUUAGACAUCAUCAAAUGUGCGUAUUGUAUACCAUUUGGAUUAAGUAUCCUCACUCAUAAAGCGCCACAUUUUUGUGAACUACUCGGUGGAUCUUUUGUGAUAAUCAUCUCAUCCUUCGUAUUCAACCUCGUUGCUAUGAUCUGCUCCGAGGCAUACAUGUUCGGGGAGGAGACUUUCGGGCGGCCAUCCUCAAAAGGGAACUUUUGUUGUAUAGGUUUCGGCUUGGUGAUGAUAUACGCCGGGAGUUUAAUCCUGCACCUGGGUCCAACAAUAGUAGGAGGGAGUUUCAACUACAAUCAGAUAUUAAGUCAGUGCGUUUUCGUUUAUGGAGAAAUCCGCAGUUAUGUGGUGUAUGUGAUGUGGGUGGUUGUGACGACACUAUCGGUCAUCGCGGCCAUGCAUUAUGUGUGGGUGUUGAAUAAGAACAUCAACACUCAACACCACAACCAUUUCAGCGAAAGUCGGUCAUCACUACACGAACAUCCAAAUGACCAUCGUCUCCCUCCACACCAGGUGCGUAGGCUAGUUAAAGACGCCUACAGUAGAGUGCGCUGCUAUACUGUUCUAGUGGUAAUAUUUGUUCUUACGUGGUAUCCACUUUUUAUAAUCACAUUGGCCGAUCCCGGAUUCAAAAUGCCGCCUGUGCUAUAUUCAACCUUGACCUUAAUAGCAUGGAGUAACGGCGCCCUCAACCCUAUCAUUUUGUUACUCGUCGACAAUAAAUUCAACGUCCUCCGCCAACUUCUGUGCAAAUAUUGUGAUAAAAACAAAUCAAAAAUGGAUACUUCGUUUCCGCUGAUGCCUGGAGGACUCGGCCAGAUGCAAAUGUCGUCACAAAUGUUUGAACGUGUUGGUUGCAGACUUUGUCAAGAGGGGACAACGCAUUCGACGAACUUGUGCAAUGGUCGCCUAGGAAACGGGCGACUGGUGCGGGAUAACUCGUUCUGUGAAUUACACACAAUCUACUCACUAUCCUGAUAUUUACCCUUCAAACCCAUCAAAAGAGUCCAUCCACAUAAUCAACUCACUGUCAUCCUCGACAACUAAACAUCGCGAUAACUCACCCUGCCAACAACCCCUGAUGGUGGACCUACUACCUGCUUACCUGUCCUCAAAUUCCAACAUUCAAGGAGGCAUUUAAGCAUGGAAGCAUGGAAGCAUGGCAUGCGAAACUUUAGGACAAUUGCAUGGCGUCCAAUGGAAGACUACUAACAGCUUUUACGUGGGUGGAGGAACUUGUUCCUUUUUUUUCUUGACUGCUGCAUGGCAUCCAAUGGAAGACUACCAACAGCUUUUACACGGGUGGAGGAAUUUGUUACUUUUUUUCUUGACUGCCAACACUAAAACCAUCCGAUUUUACGAUAAAAGCAGCAACUACAAUGGCAAUUAACUGCCCUUUGAUUCUUUGAUCACUAUGGCCGUUAAUCUACGUUUUCUGUUGACUGCUAAUGACAUAAAUCUACGUUCCAAUGGGGAUGGUUCAGCCAUCACCAGACAGUCAUUUAGAACUAGAGGGACACCUUGUGACAAAUUCUGGAACUAAAAUGGUCUAUCUUGCCACAUGAAGAGCUGGUUUUGAGGGAUCUAUCUGACAUUCUUAGUGUAGACCAAUGUGCCCUCAUGCACUGUCAAGGAUAAAUCCCAAGGAUAUAAAACCAGGCAUUGUUUCAAGAAGCCAGGGAAUGGCUGAUCUCAUCAAUAAAUCAGAGAUUCAUAGCCCAUUAUCAGUUUCGUACCAAACAGAGGUUCCCUAUCAUUUACGACUCCGACUUCAACUUUGAGAGUGAAUAACAGUCGUCUAAAGACAACUUUGAUUUAACUGAACUGACAAACAUUUUCACAUCAAUAAACUACCGGUGUGUGUGCCUGUAUAGUAAUGGACUAUGACUUGAAUAACUGCAUCAUUACUUCCAUUUUAUGCACAGGUUCAAUUUAAAAUUUAAAAUUUCAUUUUAAAGGUGCAGGUGGCAUUUCAAUACCGGUAUAAAAAAUGCUUGCCAAUUAAAUUCAUCGAAUAUAUGACUAAAAAUGACUGUUAUUCAAACUCGGAGAUGAGAUCGGAAUGGGAGUCAGAAGGCUGCCCAACCUCUCUGGUAUCUUUGAAAGUCCUGACAGUGUUACCUUUGGUUACCCAUUUACUGCCCAGAAUCGAGUUUUAGGAAUCAGUCGUUGAAAGAAAUGUUGCAAAGUUUCAGAAAAUCAAUAGUUGAAAGAAAAGUUACAGAUAAAUCUGAAUUAAAAACAAAAUAGAACAGAUCAAAGGAAGUAAAAAGUUAAUGAACAGCGUAACGUUCUAAGUUAAUGAAUGGCUGCAAAUUCAAAGUUAAUGAUGCAGCCUGUGAGCAUUCUCAAGGCACAGUGGAAAAAGUUAUUAGCUGAUGAAUAUUGUCUACAGAAAGUUGUUUUGACAAGAGAGUGAACUUGCAAUCACUCUUGCAUUUUUCCAAGUUAUGCUGUUGUAAUAACUGAUGGAAGGAUAGUAAUGAAGUUUGACUGAUAAUGUCAUUGCAUUUGCUUGUACAACAAAUGUGGAAUAUUAGAUGCAAUGCUGGUGAGACACAUCUCUGCAUCAGUUAUGGCUGUGGUACAGCAAAAACAGGCUUAUUGAUACUUCCUGCAUAAGAAGUGACAGUUUACCAAUACGAGACAAAUUAUUACAACACAUGUUCAUGGAAUGCAUCUUUGAAAUCCACUCCUUCCAAUUGACCUAAUAUGCAGACAAAAUGUUAUGUUUUGGCAAUAAAAAUGUUUCAUUAUAAAACAAAAAAACAGUUGAGACGCUCUGAGGUAGAUCAUAAUCAAAGAGAAAAUUCGUUUUAACAAGAUGGUUCAUUUAGAUUAUUUUUUAGCUUGAUGUGAAAGAGCUAUCUCCCGCAUUAAAAACCAAUCUUUUUUGAUGAAAAUUGCCAGAUACUCUUGCGACUAACAUGGCUAGUUUGAAGUGUAUUGUUAUUUGCAAUGUCAACUGCAUUGUACCACAUUCUGGCUGCAGCAGUCUUGAUCAUUUAAUUAAGAACCAACUUGAUCACACAACCAUGCUGGAUCACGGGAAAAAACCAUGGUCAUCGACAGUUAUCAGAACUUUCGACGUUCCAUGCAAAUUUUGUUUAAGUUUGAGGCUUUCGAAUUGAAAUAAACACCACACUGUCAUGACAGUUGGGGCUCUACCAAAAUUGAUGCUAUUGGAUGAACUCGAAUGCCACAACAAACCCCUGCCAAGGCCCUUGGUUUUUGGACAACACAGUUUGAAGAUUACAUUUAGCUUAGUUUUAGAUAUCAAUUAUAGUACAGAAAGCUGCCAGUGGGGUGUUUUAUUCCUUAAACCUAUAACCACUGACAAGAACAAGGUGAGCUUAGGUAUUUUUGCUGACACUUAACAAUAUCAGUCAAAUUCACCCAGAAAUUGGAUAAUAGUAUUAUGCAUAUUUAUAAGACGGUUCUUCUACUAUUUGUAUUAACACCAAAUAAAAACUAUCGAAGAUAAACAUGCAAAGUUUCAACUGAAUCAAUUGAUUUCUCACUUGACUUAUAAGUCACGUUGAAGCCCCAUUGGCAAUGGUAAAAAUAGAUAUUCCCAAUAAAUUGGGUAUGAAGUAUGUUUUAACAUGCAAAAGUAUCUGCUCCAACCAAUUCCUAGCAUCUGUAUCAAUGCAGAAAAGACCCGAUUGGCAUAUUGAAGAAAGACCCCAUCAAAGGCAACCAAAUUUGAAACAGAUGAUGCAAUAGUUUGUGUUUUGGAGAAUACAUUUCAUACAUGCUGGCAGUGAUGCAUUCUUUCAUAUUUCUUGCCUUGACUUGAUGACAUGUCUCUAACCAUAUUCUAUUGACUUGUUUGACAUAUAAGCAGUUUCACCCACAACGCCAAUAGUAAAUUUGAUGUAAACAUAUUCCAGGAUACAAACAGUCAUGAUUUUGUAAGGAAAUUUUAUAAAUCUUUGUCGGCAUACAGUUCUGAAAAACACUACCCUGAUGAAUGCUGGUAUAGGAAACGACAUUAUUUUAUACUCAUCACUUUUACAAAAGACGCCAUUGAUCAUUUUUAUUAGUCAUUUUGGUGUUUCCAUAGAUACCAGUGUUUCCAUGUUUAUUUAUUUAGCUGGCAGAUUUUUCAGAACUGUACAGAAACUGUAACAUUUGUGGCAUUCAUUUUAUUGUUGUGCAAAUUGAAGCAAGCGCAGAUCAAGGGAAUGUGUGCAAUUAAAAACAUUGCCGUAAAAAGUUCACAAAUUAGGAGGAUGAGGGUGUGGCUCUUGCUUGACUAUUUAGAUCAGUAACAGACACGAAAAUAUACGUCCCUCCUUAUAUCAUCUAAACCACUCUGACCACUCCUAUCCUCCACAAAUCUGCUGUUUCUCAAUUUCAGAGGGUGAAACAGGUUUUGUUUUCUCAAAUUUACAAGGUUUUCAAUUGUACGUGAUCCCGUAAGAUCAUGCCCCUAGACUUUGCACACUGUAUUCACUAUAACCCGUAUUCUGUGGUGCAUAGCUCAAUACUUGUACUGCUUCAUCACUGGAUACAUUUUUCAUCAACAUACGCACAAUUUUAUGCCGAGUCAAACUAUGUAAACAAAAAUCUUCAAUAAAAUAUUUUUUACAUUUA